UCUUUUUUUCUGUCUUUAAAUUUAGAAUAUCAAUUACAAUUACUUAUGCAGAAUAAGGAAAUAUCAAAUGCUCUAUGGCAAAAAGUAAGCGGAAAUGUUAAAGAUGCAGGAAAUAUAUCCAAUAUAAUGGAUAUUCAAAGUUCCGGGCUAUACAGAAAUACAGCCGCAAAAUUUCCUGCAACAAUUACUUACAACUUAAGUACCGACGGUGCGCCUCUAAGUAGUGGUAAAUCUUCUCCUCGUAGUUUUUGGCCCCUUAAAAUCACUAUCAAUGAUUUACCUCCUAAUAUAAGAUACAAGUACGUACAACUUGUCAGCAUUAUGGUAGUAUCGAAAGAACCGAAACCUGAACUUAUGAAAUUGUUUAUAGAUCAAUUCAAAGUGGAAGCCCGAGCACUUCACGAAAAGGGAAUGAAAUUUACGUUUAAAAAUGAUGGAAUUGAAAGGACAAAAACAUUUACUGUACUUUGCAUUAUUGCAGAUUCGGUAGCUCGAGCAGUACUUCAGUUUAGAAUGCAAUUUAAUGCGUACAUGAGUUGCACUUAUUGUUAUCUUAUGGGGUUUUUUUUAAAUUGCGUAAAAUUUCCAUUUAUCGGGAGUGUUUCUGCUAGUUUAAGAACUCAUGAAUCUCAUAUGAAAAACGUGUUUAUGGUAGAAAAAAAUGGAAAACCUGUCAACGACGUUAAAGGACGAUCAUCUUUCUGCGACUAUCCCAAUGUAGAUAUGGUUAAAAGUUUUACUUUGGACGCAAUGCACAAUGAUGUGCUAGGAAUAACUGAACAAAUAUGGGAUUUAAUGCGACCAAAACUAAGUGUAUUCCAACGAAACGAAAUGGAUACAAUGCUAAUAAAAAUUCAGCCACCUCAUGAGAUUCACAGAAUUCCAGCAAAAUUAAGCAAGAAAAGCUUGUGGAAAUCUUACAUGUUAUAUUAUAGCAUUCCUCUUUUGCAUCAAAUCUUACCCACUGAUUUGUUUCAUUUGUUAGAACAUUACGCGUUAUUUGUCAACUCUAUGUAUACUUUGUCUACUACAAAUAUUACUGCUGAAGAUUUGCAGCAAUGCAAAGAGGACAUGAUGUCUUUUACGGCAAAUGUGGAAAUCGAUUACGGUCUAACUGCAAUGACUUUUAAUAUGCACUUAGGAAGUCAUGCAGUGACAAAUGUCAAAGAAUCAGGUCCCUUAUGGGCAACUUCAGCUUUUCCUUACGAAGGAAAUAUUUUUGUUCUAAGGAGAGCAGUUAAAGGGCCAAAAGGAGCUGCGCAACAAAUGUCGAAAAAGUCUUUACACAGAACUUUAUUUAAGCUUAGACAUAGGAAACACAUGCAGGAACUUGUUCGCGACUUUUGUGAUAGCUGCAUGAACGAAAAAAGAUUUACGGCGAAAGCUGUUUCGAGCAAUAAUAUUAAUUUUUUUGCUCCUUAUACGUCGAAAGAGUGUCCAAAUGACUCUGAAACAUUUUUACGGUGCACGUAUAACAAUUUCAUUUUAACAUCUGUAAAAUACACUCAAAAUAAAUCAUUUAAUGACACUGUAGUUAAACUUAAGAAUGACGAUAUUGUUCAAAUUAUUGAUAUAUGUUUAAAAAAUGACGGACAUGGCUUUUUAAUUGUCAAUAAAUUAAAUCUUCGAUUAUUACAAAUCAGCACUGUAACAAUGAAACACAUAUUUUUUGUUCUCUCGUCUCCUUUGCAACAAUUCUCUGUUCCUAUAACUGAUGUAGAAGCGAAAAUGGUAGUUAUCGAUUUAGGAAAAAAACAGUGUGUCUGUCACAUACCAAACACUUGGGAAGCCCAAUAAUUUGAUUACUAAUGACAAAAAGUGUAAAUUUUUCUCAUCUUUUG